AUGGCGGUUCACAUCAAGGAGUUCCCCGAAUUAAGAGGAUCGAAAAGACUUGUAUGCGUGUGCACGCGUCCGCCCCAUCCACCCCUGCCGUUGCGUCACCACCGUUAUCGCAGCCGGCGGAAACGGGACACUUCUACGACGUCGCCAGGCGGAAAUCGCGGGACCACUUUUCAGGACGGGCUAAAUACACCAGUUGGAGAUGCAUUCCAGGACUUCUUGACUUCUGCUGGCUUCCUGGACAUUUCUAUAUCGGAGCUUGGGACAGUGCUCGGCACGGCGGCAGAUGGCGUCAUCAGCUGCGUGACGUGUGCAGCCUUCUUCAGCUCCUGGAGCCUGCUGCAGGACCACAGGAGGCUGGUGCACAAACACGAGUGCAGCUACUGCCCGUACUCGAGCUAUUGCAGGGUUCGGGUUGUCCUCCACGAACGUACGCACACGGGAGAGCGGCCCUUCCGCUGCCAGAGCUGUGGGAAGGCUUUUUCGCAGAAGAGCCAGCUCACGGUGCAUCAGGCCAUACACGCGGGGGUGAAGCGCUUCAAGUGCCACGUCUGUGGCAAGGAGUUCAUCCACAAGAGGAGCUUCACGAGGCACCGCAGCGUGCACUUCAGUCGGAUGCCCGCGGAAUAGAGAGCUUGGACGUCUCAACGAUGGUGCCUGGAGUAUGCGUCUCUGACCAGUACAUCUGGUGCGUCGCACAAGCAUCGUGCUAUCCUGGUGUCAUUGCGGCAGUGGAGAUGUGAGUGACAGACGCCCGUUUUGCCACAGGUCACCGUCCAGCUUAAUGAUCAACGAACACUUCAGCGGCCGGAAGUUGGACGCCGCAACGGCGGUGACGCUCACGUUUGCUCAUACUUUUUGCCAAAACUUCGGCAACCAACUGCCGGAAUCACGACGUAGCCAUACAAGACACUUUGUAGUUUUAGAAAGCAUUUCACAUCUGUAUUGAACGUCUUACGGUCUUAAAAGAUGUUUUAUUGAGGCCGGUUCGCACAUUUGCAUCAGUGUGUGCUCGAGUGCACUCUGUUCCCUUCUGAGUUCUUAUGACAAGAGAAUGCACAGGCAUCAUGGCGCCAUCUGUCGGGUAGUCUUAGAACUCUUCACCUUGGGCUUAAAAUAAUUUUGACAAUGCUAUAAGCAACCAUUUCUCAUGUACAGGGCGUACCUCAAAGGCAUCGUCGUUGACUUUGCGUCAUACAAACGCGAACAUCACAUUUGUUUUUAGGUCAUAGAUUUUAGCCCUCAAACUUCUCAAAACCUUCGGUCUAGCUGUGCGCAGUUCCAGGGCUACUUGACAGACGGUGCCGGUGUGCCACCACCUUCUCCCGUGGCAAGCGGUCAUGAGAGAACGCCGCUCACCCGAGCACACACGUGUGAAACAGCCUUUACCGUAGACAACAUCCUCUGAUUGCACGAGACGGCUUAUAGCCGUAAAAAAGUUAGCAGCUGCACCAGACGUCUCGCGUGAGUAGCCAUCUUGUACGAGGUUGCGGCCGUAAAUACCAGUACAUUCGGCACGCCUUGCAAUAUUUUAAUUCUAAUCAUACAUACCUGAAACUGGGCACGUGAAUGUCAUUUACCAAAGAAGUUUUAUGUCUAUUUUUUUUAAAACUCUGCUCAGAGCUGGUGAAAAAUUAAAAAAAUAAAUUCCGAGGACACCUGAGCACUUCUCAUGAGUUCUAAAUGUGAAAGCAUGAAUGUCAUUCUUUCGCUCCCUUAGUUCGUCUGCAGUAUACUGGCGUGGACGGCCACGUUUCGCUACUGCUGAGGUUGCGGCCACCGCCGAUAUAGAUGCCUCGGGCGCCGCCAUGUUUAUAGUGCCGAGAGGAGCAAGAGUGGCUGCAACCCUUCAUCCCCUCCUGCAACACUGGACACGAGAGCGGAGGCCGAGCGCGCGCUUUCGUAAAGCGGCCACCAAUGGCUAUCUAGGAGCCGUUUUGCUCAGCCAAUGGGAGAAUGGGCAUUUCUCUCACGUUUAUUUGUGGUUACAGAUGCCGCCGGCUCCGCUCCAUGGGAUAGUUAAUGUUUUCGCAUUAAAAUAGCGAAAAUGGUGGCCGUGUAUUUUCUAUGUCCUACCCUACACCGGAUGUUCGUCGUCUGCGCGCUGGUUUGCGAGCUUGUUCCCAUGCUGUCAUCAUUCAUACAUUUCGCUAAAAUUAUUACUUAUUGCAAUUAUUCUGCUUGUCACCAGUCUCUACUGCGCGUUCUCGGCGUUUUUGCGUUCAGAAACUCAUUCGCGCAAACCAGUAAGCAGACAAUGAAGGGGCUGGUAAGACACAGGAUAUACGCAGCCGUCAGUUUUGCCUAAAUUUUAAUGUUUCGCCACCUCCGAGUUGAGCUCUAAAAAAAAUUAGACAUAAAACUUCUUAUAAAACUUGUGUUUCCAAUUGUUCAUACAGUUUCAGGUAUGUACAUUUGGAAUUCGAAUUUUGAGAGGCAUGCCAAAUGUGCUAGUCUGUACG